AUGAAAUUGCUCUCUCUCUCUCUCUCUCUCUCUCUCUCUCUCUCUCAACUUAAACAUGUUGAUUUUUCCACUUCAUUCUCUCUCUCUCUCUCUCUCUCUCUCUCUCUCUCUCUCUCUCUCUCCCUCCUCUCUCUCUGUUUUUUUUUUUUUUAUUUUUUCUCUCAUGAUGAAUUGUUUGACUUUUUUUCUAUCACACCUUUCUCCUUUUCUAUUUUUCAUUUGUAUUCUUUGCAUUUUCUUUUAAUUUCUAUUUUCCUUUCUUUUAAUUCUCUUGUUUGUGUCGUUCUUUCUUCAAACAUAUCAAUUUCUCCUUUGGAUUCUUUCUUUCUUUUUUUCCUUCUUAUUCUCUUGGUUAUUUGUAUUAUUUCUUUCUUUCUUUCUUUCUUUCUUUCUUUCUUUCUUUCUUUCGUUCCUUCUUUCUGUCUUUCUUGUUUAUUUGCAUUCCUUCAUUCUUAUUUUCUAUUUUAUUUCUAUCAUUCUUUCUUUCUUUCUUUCUUUCUCAAAACCUUUAAUUUCUCCACUUUCUUUCUUUCUUUCUUUCUUUCUUUCUUUCUCAAAACCUUUAAUUUCUCCACUUUCUUUCUUUCUUUCUUUCUUUCUUUCUUUCUCAAAACCUUUAAUUUCUCCACUUUCUUUCUUUCUUUCUUUCUUUCUUUCUUUCUUUCUUUCUCAAAACCUUUAAUUUCUCCACUUUCUUUCUUUCUUUCUUUCUUUCUUAAAACCUUUAAUUUCUCCACUUUCUUUCUUUCUUUCUUUCUUUCUUUCUUUCUUUCUUUUCUCAAAACCUUUAAUUUCUCCACUUUCUUUCUUUCUUUCUUUUUCUUUCUUUCUUUCAAAACCUUUAAUUUCUCCACUUUCUUUCUUUUCUUUUCUUUCUUUCUUUCUUUCUCAAAACCUUUAAUUUCUCCACUUUCUUUCUUUCUUUCUUUCUUUCUUUCUUUCUUUCUUUCUUUCUCAAAACCUUUAAUUUCUCCACUUUCUUUCUUUCUUUCUUUCUUUCUUUCUUUCUUUCUUUCUCAAAACCUUUAA